GGGGGGUCUCAUCGCUCUGCACAUCAACGAUCGACUCUCCCACUCGCGCCCCAUCACCUCCAUCACUGCGAAUGUGACUCUAUCCUAUCCACUCGCACACUCGCACACUCGCACACUCCUUGGCAUCGCACCAUGCCGGCGCUGUGUCGAAGCGCAGCAGCGUACGAUUCGCUGCCUCGAGGGCAGCGCAAGGCCAAUGCUGCCAUCCACCGCCUUCGAGCCAGUCAGGCCUCAUCCCGACCAUCCGCUUCCUCCGAAUUCGGCCAGGGUGCAGGCGCAAAUGCCGAAGAGACGCCGCAAUUGAUAGCUUCUGCCAGGCAGAAUCCCAACUUGGCUGGACCUAGUAGACAGCCGGUGGGCAAAGGGAAUGGUUUGCUCCUCGGAGGUAAUCGGAGAGCGGCAAAGGCCGGUGUGGUCCUGCCACUCGCCUCCAGCGGCUCAGAGGAUGCAGAGCGGAUGAGCAGCAGACUACAAACACGGACAGGCAGGCGGAUGGACGAGGUUGCGGAUGCGGAUGCGGAUACGGAUGCUGGAUGGGCAACGGACGAAGCGCCAAGUGCGCCUGGAAGCCCAAAGAAGCAGAGCGGCAGGAACAGGUUCGCAGGCGCAGGCGCAGGCGUGGGUAUUAGCGGACCCGUAAGCAAUGCAAAGUCGGGAAAGCAACUGAGCGCAGGUGUCGCUGCUGCUGCGCAACACAGCGGAUCGCCUGUGCCGGCGAGGAAGCGCGUGGUGGAUAAGCGGCAGAUCGGAUUGCCGAGCAACUUUCAGCAUACAGGCCACAUUGGAGCCGCUUCAUACGGCCAGGCCGUGUCUCAGGUGGAUGCAGCUCAGCUCAAAGCUCAGCUGUCUGAAGUCGCCGCAGCGCUGUCCAACUUCGACCUGCCUCCCUUGUCAGAGUCUCUCACUGCAGCGCCACCAUCAAGCGCGCCACCAAAGUCGAGCGUUUCUGCCACACCGCCGCCCGCUCCAGCCGAGGUGAAGGGUGUGUCAGCACCCGACUCGCCCGAGAUGGAGCCUCUACGGGGGGACAAGAGUCCCCUCAUCCCCGCCGACUUUGCAUCGGUCUUGGAGAGUGCGACAGCAACGCCGGACGACUCGGUCAGUCUGGACGCCGCAGAAACAUCUGCUCCUUCCAUCCGCUUGGUAUCGCGCUCUUCGGCUUUGACCUCACCGCCAGCAGAGACAUCGUCACCCGAGCAGCUCUCCCGCCGCAUACCGCCUUUGCAUGAAAGACCGUCUGUGCACGUCGCCUCUAUUCGACGUAGGCCAGUGCCGUCCACCAUGGGACCAUCUCAGGUGCGAGCGAGUUCGGGAAGGGGAUCGAUCGGUCGAUCGUACGCUGCGCUUGGUCAAGGCAGCGGCGCACCUUCGACUGCGAUAGCUCAAGCGGGCACUGUUCGGGCUCCUGGCACGGGAGGCUUUGGACGGACAAAGAGGAAACCGGUCCCACGCGGCUUGGCGGGCAUCUUGGCCGAUCCUCUUGUCGAAACGUCGCAUGGCGACGGCGCGACUGGAAUGGAUAAGGAUCUUCCGCCGCAGCUCAACAGCGUCAAGGCGACGACUGCCGACGAUGGGUUCGUCGAUGUGGACGAGGAUGUGGCGCUGAGCUCUGCUGGAACGGGGCUGGAGCGCAACGUGAGCCUAGUGGGCGCCUUGCCUAGCGGUCUGAACGGCAGAGGCUACGCAGCAGGCGGCAAGGGUAGCUGGAGCAAACGAUCGGGCGGAGGUGCGGCGGCGGGCGCUGGAGUUUACGGCUCGGUGAGAGGAUCGGUGCGCAUGUCCGCCUUGGAAAGGGCCAAAUUGGCAGCGAUGAAGCUGGAAGCUGCUCAGAGGUUGGUGGCCGAGGGCGCGGGCACUGCGGAGCCGGACGACCCAUCCCUUUUGCGCUCCAAGAGCGGUCGACGAAGCGAUGCUGCGGCGAAUUUGAACGACGCGAGCGCCAGUGCCAGUGCCAGCGCAUCAUCUGCAGCCGCUGCUGCAUCUAUCCGCAUGAACGGCAAGAGGAUGGUGCAGGGCCCUUCGGGCACGUAUAUCACGGACACGGCGAAUCUGAGGUGGAACAGCGCGCUUAGCGAGAUUACUAGGGCGCUCAAGGAUGGGGACGAAGGAGGGGCAGCAGAGACUGCUGAGAGGGAAGGGGAGAGCAUAGAGGAUGCUAUGCGACGUGCGGAUCUGGUGCUGGGACGUCUGGGAGUAGAGCAGUAGUAGCGCUCCACGCUUCCGGCAACAAGCUGUGGGGGACAUUUUGAGGAAGUUGUCAUUCCUGUGGCGAAAGCCCCUUUCUGGAGCAAUGUAUAGCUUAUUCACGAA